AUGAAAAUCGAAGCGAUUGAUUCAGCGACGCUCGCCAGUUGCAUUCAAUCGCAACAGAUUAAAAUGGACGAGUUUACGAGGCGUAAGGGAGAACUGCACAAUGAGAACUUUGCGAGCAUUCAGCAGAUUAAGAAUCUUACGAAUGGUGCAGCGGAUGUGCGCAAGCGUAAACUGUCAACGCCACAAAAUGGCGGAGAUGAUUCACUGGUUGCCGCUGCAGAGUUAAACACAGAUAAUACUGAUAAUACUGACAUAGAAGUAAAACAAAUUGAAGAUGAUAAUGAGAAUAAAGUUUAUAAAUGGGAUAUUGUCUGGACGAAUGUCAUCCUUCUGGGAACUUUACAUGUUUUUGCUCUUUAUGGUUUUUAUUUGCGUUGUUUAUCUGUAAAUUUGAUUUUUUUUUAUUUUUUUUAUGUUUUAGCUAAGAUAUUGGGUAUAAUUGGGACAAUUGGCAUCACAGGUGGCGCUCAUCGCCUGUGGACUCAUAAAUCAUACAAAGCCAACACUGCACUGCAAUGUUUAUUAAUGUUUAUGGCGACGUGCACCUAUCAAAACAGUGUUUAUAUCUGGGCGAGAGAUCAUCGCUUGCAUCAUAAAUGUUCUGAGACUGAUGGUGAUCCACACAACGCAAAAAGAGGAUUUUUCUUCAGUCAUGUCGGAUGGUUGAUGGUUAGGAAACAUCCAGAGGUUAUGAAGCAAGGGAAAACAAUUGAUAUGAGUGAUUUGGAAGCGAAUCCAAUCGUUAUGUUCCAACAUAAAUAUUACUACCCGUUGGUAUUCCUGUGUGCGGUUAUGUUACCUUUCACAAUCGGAAUCUACUACAAUCUUCCAUGGCAAGAAGCAUUUUUCAUCUGUGUAUGCUACAAAUAUGUUCUUUCUGUCAAUUUGACUUGGUGUAUCAAUUCAUUGGCACAUUUAUACGGACAACGACCAUAUGACAAAAAUAUUGGUCCAACUGAAUCGCAAAUCAUGAGAUAUUUGGGUUUCGGUGAAGGUUUCCAUAAUUAUCAUCACACAUUCCCGUGGGAUUACAAAGCAGCUGAGUUUGGAUCGGAUACACGUAAUUUAACCUCGACAUUCAUUGAUUUCUUCGCGUGGUUAGGCUGGGCUACGGAUAGACGUGUGGCGACGCAAGAAUUGAUUGAACAAAGAUUUGAACGUACUGGAGGACCAGGACGGGAGUACCACAUGAUGAAACAUAACCCUGAUCGGACGUUCCAUAAUAUUGCUUCGUUCUUAGUUGUCUUUUGUUACCUCUACAUCAUUUAA